AUGAUGCCUCCCUCCUUCCCGAAUAUCGGAACCAGGCUGAACCUUCACAGCAAAGCCGAGUUCUACGAACAGAUUUUCGGUGUAGAAUCUCCGGCUAUCCUUGACUGCUACGCGGAAUGGUGUGGUCCAUGCAGAGCCAUCGCACCAAAGGUUCAGGAGUUCAGUGACCUCUAUACCGAUGUCAAAUUCUUCAAGUUCGACGUGGAGAAAGACCCAGACCUUGCAGCGGAGCUUGGUGUCCGCGCUAUGCCGACGUUCAUGUUUUUCAAGGACGGCCAAAAGUACACUGAGGUUGUUGGCGCGAACACACCUUCGAUUGAAGACAAGAUCAAGGCCCUGAUUGCGUGA